AUGCCUGGGUCCAUUUCCUGUCCGGUCUCCAGCAGAGGCAACGCUGAUGACGUCACCACCUCCGUGCUCGACCCUGAAGGGACCCAGGUGUCCGAGGACGAGGGCUGGGCAACACCCCAGAGUACCUCAUCCUCGGAAACCUGGCAUUCCUCCUCCCCCGACUCCCCCUACGUGGACAGCUCUGGCUGCGGGGUUCCCUGCUCCCCUGGCCCUGCGGACCCAGGCAUCCAGGCAGGGCUCACCGAGCCCUGCGCCAGGCCUGAGUGCGAGAGGAUACGGCAGGAGCUGGAGGUGCUGAGGGACCGAUACGCCAAGCUGGAGGCUCAGAACGCUGUGCUGGCCCAGAGACUCGGGGGCGAUGUGGAGCCACCCAGGGAGACAGACAGUGAGUCCGUGCGGCCGGAGCCCGGGCUCUAUGAGGACCCUGUGCUACCUCGGAAAUAUGGGAUGCAGGAGCUGGUGCCAGGAGGGGGCGUGUUCCUCUACCCCGCCCAGCUGGCCCUGGCCCGCUCCAGCGCCCGCACCCAGACGGCCCUGGCCCGGCUCCUGCUCGACAUCUUCUUCUCCCGCCAGGAGCAGGCGCGGAGCAACCUGUCCGGGGAGAACGGGCUGCACCGCCUCAGCCCCCCCGUCGUCAGCGCCAUCGUGGCCUAUGCUGUGGGUCAGUCCCAGUUCCAGCCUAGCAGUGCCGCCGUCAUCAAGAACUCGCUGCGCAACAAGCUGGGCUGCCUGAGAGCCCCGUCCCGCCAGCAGGGGACCACCAGGGGGCGCCCUGCAGCCUGAGAGCCCCGUCCCGCCAGCAGGGGACCACCAAGGGGCGCCCCGCGGCCUGAGAGCCCCGUCCUGCCAGCAGGGGGCGCCCCGCGGCCUGAGAGCCCCGUCCUGCCAGCAGGGGGCCACCAGGGGGUGCCCUGCGGCCUGAGAGCCCCGUCUCACCACCAGGGGGGGCCCCAUGGCCUGAGAGCCCUGUCUCACCAGCAGGGGACCACUAGGGGGCGCCCUGCAGCCUGAGAGCCCCGUCCUGCCAGCAGGGGGCCACCGGGGGGUGCCCUGUGGUCUGACAGCCCAUCCUGUGAGCAGGGGGCCAGCAGGGGGGUGUCCUGUAGGCUGAAAGCCCCGUCCUGCCACCAGGGGGUGCCCUGCAGCUGACAGCCCAUCCCCCCAGCAGGGGGGCAGCAGGGGAACCCUGUGGCCUGAAGGCCCGUCCUGCCAGCAGGGGGGCAUGCCACAGCCUGCCCCCCUCCCGCAUCCCCCCAGCAGGGGAGCCCCGAGAACUGUGAAUGGGGAGUGGUUCUGAUCUUGUUUUCUAGUCACCAGACUCAAUACAGAAGAUUUUUUGGCCCCUCUGAGUCCCCGGCUCUUUAUCGGUGGGAGGGACGCAGGACUCCUGGGUCCUCUUCUGCUCUGGGAGGGGAGUGGGGGCUGGUGGGUUUCCAGCGCCCUCUGAGGUUCAGUAGAAAUUCCCCUCCCCAUGCUGGGCUGGAUCUCCUGCCCCAGCCCCCAUUUCUCGUCCCCCACCCCACUGGUCACCCCCAAUCCCUGCCCUGUAGCGCCAGGCACGAUACACUGAGCUGAAGUGACUCACUGCCGCCACCAGGGGUCGCCGACCAGCGCUCUCCCUCUCUAUGGCCUUUUCCUGCUGUAGGGAGCGUGGGUCGGCCGCUCUCUCCACCGCCCGUAGCGCU